AUGUUCGGAGCUAGCAAGGGUCUCACCUCUAUCCCAACCGCUACGCUCCACUGCAUCGCUUCGAGCGCAGUCGCCUGCGGCGAGCUUCAAGACGUUUUGGCCAGACUGUACUAUGUAGUUCGUAUAAUGCGACAUCGAAACAUCAAAUUUUGCUCCUUCUUUGAAACACUGAAUGAUAAGACUGCUUUUCAGCUUGAAAUAGUCCUAUCGCAGAUGUGCUGCUUAUAUCAGAAUGCCGGACAUACAUGUCGUGUAUGUGAAAAUCUUGUCAAUGUGAAAAUGAUACGAAUGAACAAGGAGGAAAGCACUUAUAUCACUGUCUUACUUCCCGCAUUGGUCUUAUUCGAGCGCAUCGAUGCCAUCGACGACAGGAGAGUUUACGAGGAAUGUUCUCAAACACACAGAUCAAUUUGCCAGAAACAUUUAAUGGAUGCUGCUCAACACAUCGGAGGCGAGAUGAAAUAUAACGGAAGUGGAUUUUUGACGUACGAGGACAAAAAUGCAGUAACGGUUUUUUUCUAUGAGGAUGUUAAUGAUGUUCCCCAACAUCUAGUAGAUGCCAUUGAUGGAAUAAUCAAAAAACUGACCGAUGGUGCUGUAACCCUCCGCAGAAGGGCUGUCGCAGACUUUGUGAACGAUUGUCUCUACCGGUACUAUAUUGAUGGACGCUGGACCAACAUGGGUCGAACUAAGAAACAUUGA